AUGAUGUGCACAGAUGGGCUUUCGGAUGCUGAGAUUGGUAUAUUACACGCCCUUCAUUGGCCUGAUGGCACAAGGAAGAAAUCUUCUGAAGGCAAUGCAGAACAUAGGAAUAUCAGCUUAUUGGUUCAAGCGUUACUAGACAAAUACAAUGAAGAUCAUCAUCUUUUGGGGGAUUUUGCAUAUGAACUUGAUGGUGUUGUUAUCUUCCGAGAAUUUGUUGAGGGGGGGAAAGUGACUAGGUUCUAUCAUAUCAAUCUGGCUACAAAAACCAAAGGAGAAGAUGGUUUGCACAGUGGCGUCAACAAUCUAUUUUUUGCUGAAGUCAGACAAAUUAAAGGAGAAAAUGUAUAUGUACUCAGUUGUUUAUGUAUGGUUAAAGCUACUGACAAUGGCCAAUGCUAUGGUUGCCUGAGUUAUGGAAAUGUUGAUUUGAGGCACCCUGUUGAUACUGAUAAAUACAAAGGUGGGCACGCUGCCUCGCGCUUACCAUGUUGCUGUUUUGAUCUACGGUGUGAUAUUAUCCCUGGCAUAGAUGUACCUGCAUACAUCGAGGAUGAGGAGACUAGGCUGGCAGAGGAGGAGGCUAGGUUAAGAUAUAUUCAGUGCCCUGCUCCGGUAAAAUUGGAUGGUGCAAGAGUGCGUGCUGGUUUGGCAAAGGGAGAAGAUGUUGGUUUGACCAAGGGAGAGUGUGGCCAGGGAAGCGCGAAAUAUAUUGUACCUGCUAGGCGUCGCCUGCUGGUUGGAGUACCCCAUCAUCCUUGA